GCACGCGCGCCGGGGCGACAGGUCUGUUUGUGUUUGAGGAGGGAGAAAGGAAACGUAGGAGAGAGGGAAGUGAUGGCGGUGGAGGAAUGGUAAGAGUUUGAAAUCCUGGAAAUUAAAAUGACAAAGACUAAUCCCAAUCCACCAAGACGCAAAAACUGAAAAAAAAAAAAAAAAAAAAAAAAAAAAACGAGAUGACCACUAUCUGGCCUUUCUGAAGAAAAGACGUCAGGACAGGAUUGCUACUCUGUGUUCCAAAGAAUCCAUGGCUGUUUGUUCCUUUAAACAUGUUACUGUCCAGUUGAAACAGUAAUGAACACACAGCAGUGAAACGUUGCCCACCCAUUAUUCCUGUAGGUGGGUGUUUUAUACUUAAUGCUAUCAUCUUUUUGUUUUUAAUUGAUUCCUUCAGAAUGAUAAAAACUGAGAGCAAAGGCGACCGGACUCUUAGGAGUGCUUCUCCCCACAGAAAUGCAUACAAAUCGGAUUUCCACGCGAUUAAAUGUUCAUUUGAUGGAGCUAAACCCAGUGAUAGUGCUUCGCAAAAGUCUUAUGCUAAUGGAUCAAGUGAUGACAGAGAAGACACAAGGGGAAGGCCUUUUGGUAGUCGUAUAAAUAAAAUCAAGAACAUAUUCCUUCAGAUGGAUGGUCAGCAAAAUGAUAAUGCAGAGGUUAAAAUAAUAGGAAGGAAUGAAAUACCUGCAGUGUCUCCACCAAAGGCACCAUUAACCUCCAGUGUGCCUAAAACUAGUUUUCAUGGUAGUACCAGCCCAGAAUCGCCAACUUCUGACAAGGCACCCAAGAGUGAAGAUGGAGAUUUCGAUAAAGUAGCGCUUUCUGGAAAGUUUUCAGAAACCAGAAAACUCUUUGAAAGAGGCAUCAAGGAUCAAACUCCAAUUGAAAAACACUCUCCUACUAAAACCAAAGCCAGGGUCUCGCUGGGAAGCGUGUCUGAUGAUGGAAAAAGUCCCAGGCAUUCAUCCGGGUCAUCAGAGAAUACUGUGAGCAGCUUAAAGGCAGAUCUGAGCCCAACCUCUUUGACCAAAGGAUGGCAAAGUGAGAGGAGUGACAGUGAGGGAGGCAAACAUCAUGUAUCCAGGUUGUCAUCACUGAAUGCUGGCCCCAUUUCGAGAAGGCUGGAAAACUUCAUGGUGGAUAGUGACAGUGAAGAACCUAACCGACUCUCCUGCAAAGAGCAACCUGAAACAGAGAGCCAGCAAACCAUACACAGACCCUCAGCUCUUGCUAAGCCGACCUCUCCUACUGGGCAUGCCAUUAUUAAAUCUAACAUUGGUAGCACUUCUGCUAUGUCCAGCCCUCCAUUUAGAGAUCAAAAGCAAAUGCCGUCCUUAUUGGUCAGCAACAGCUUUAACUUCCAAAGGGAAGAAUCAUCUGAAGCAGGGAAGACUGAUGGAGAUGUGCUUAUCAGUACAGGCACUGCCAAGCUGCCUGAACAGCAUGCUCCCCUGGCUCACGCAGCAGUGGGGGUGGUGCGGGCAGAGCUGGUCGUAGUCCAGAAUGAGUCUUCGGAAAGUGAUGACAACGAAUACGAAAACAAUGCUUUUGAGGAGCUGAAGGCUGAAUCGCCAAAACCGGAUCUGAGUGGACAUCCUGUGAAUCCCUUUUUAGAGGAGGAGAAACAGGAUUUCCCAGUGGAUGGAAAAGAAGUUGAGAAUGCAGUAGAAAAAGUAGUAAGCAGUCACGGUAUUGCUGUGCAAGUACAGAAAUCAGACAGCAGGAUUGCUGAAGGUUACCCCGGGGAAGACGAUGGGGAGGAAGAAGGAGAGAGUGAAAUCGAGGAACAAGUUGAGAGCAACAGUGUCAAGUUAUCCCCAAACAUAUAUGGCAUCGAGAAUGCAGCUUUUGUAGAUGAUAAGGAUACAGAAUCGGAGCACCACGAAACGGAACCAAAGACUGAGGAGGAGGCCUAUGAAGAGGAAUACCAGUCUGGUGCAGUCUUGAGUGAGAUUCCUGGUCUUUCUGAUGAAGAAGACCCAUUACCACGAAGGAAGAUUACGUUUUCGACAUCACCAAUACAGGUUUUCAGCACAUACUCCAAUGAGGACUAUGAUAGGCGCAAUGAUGACGUUGACCCUGUUUCUGCAUCUGCAGAGUACGAACUGGAGAAAAGGGUGGAAAAAAUGGAUGUGUUCCCUGUUGAAAUUGAAAAGGGAGACAACGGUCUUGGAAUCAGCAUUAUAGGAAUGGGUGUGGGUGCAGACCAGGGUCUAGAAAAGCUUGGUAUAUUUGUGAAGACUAUCACUGAGGGUGGAGCUGCUGCAAGAGAUGGCCGGAUCAGCAUUAAUGAUCAAAUUGUGGAAGUGGAUGGCACCAGCCUAGUGGGAGUUACCCAGUUGUUUGCAGCAACAGUUCUAAAGAAUACCAGAGGGACAGUCAGCUUCCUUAUUGGUCGAGAGAAGCCUGGAACACACAGUGAGGUGGCUCGUCUCAUCAGUGAGACCCUGGAACAAGAGAAGUGCCAGCAGGAGGAAUUGGAAGAGCACUAUGAUCAGUCGACAGAAGAGGAUGAGCAUGAUGAAGAUGAGGGUGAGGUAUUGGGAUCAAGCUUUUGUGAAAAGUCUGACGUUUCUGAACUACCUGAAAACGAAGAUAUGUUUUUACCAUCGGAUAUGGACUGUGCACAGCUGACUUUCAAAUUUAAAGAGCUACAGCUAAAGCAUGCUGUAACAAUAGCUGAAAUCAGAAAGUUGAAAGAAAAGUUAAUGGCUAAAGAAACCGAGAAAGCGGAGUGGGAAACUAUGCAGACUCAGCUACAGAAAGACACUGAAGAAAAUAUGGAAAAAAUGAAAAAGCUAGAGACUUACUGGCUAGAAGCACAAACCCUAUGCAAGACAGCGAAUGAGCAUCUUAAGGAAACACAGUCUCAGUAUGAUGCACUGGACAAGAGAUACAACAAAGCCAAGAAACUUCUCAAGGAAUACCAACAGAAGGAAAUAGAUUUUGUUAAAAAGGAAGAGGAUCAAAAAAGAGCGCUUGAUGAGAAAGACAGAGUGUAUCGGGAGCAGCUCCAGAAAUUGCAGGACAAGAUAGCAGAGCUGGAAGCCCGGGCACACUGUGGGGAACAGAAAGCACUUGUACCCAGUAAAGCUGACCUGGUGGAGCAGCACCAGCAGGAGAACCCCAGGCUGGGGAGUACAGGACAGCUGGAGGGUGUAUGGGGUGUGGAGGAAGAUGCUAAAGGGACAGUCGAGAAAGCACAAUCUCAUGACACUUUACUUUCUGAUUUGGAUGACCUGGUCCCAGAAACGAUCAGGUUAGAUACCAGUGCUAACAAAGCAAAGGCACAGCUUUCUCUAAAAGCAAAAAGGCAACCACCAUCUCGAAACAAACUAAGAGAAACUCUUGGCACUGGGGAUCAAAACGGAAAGGAGAAUAACAAGAGUGCAGUUACACAGUCUGAAGCUCUGUGUGUACAAAAUGAAAUUGCUUCCACAAAGGCCAUUGAAGAAACACUUGCACUGUCUUUAACCAGAUCAUAUUCUGGAGACAGACAAAAGACUGAAAAACCUGAAGAUGCAGAUAAUAGUCAAAGUAGACCAGAGGCAAGCUGGACUGCUCCUCCCCAGGCUUCUCCACUCCACAAAACUAACAAUGAAGACAGUGUGAGCUCAAGCCAGUCCACUUCCAAAGAGACUUCCAGUCCCAACUCUCCCACAGGAUUCCUCCGGAACAUCAAGAAGAGAGAGUCCAAAGGCAAAGGCAAAGAAGCCAAAGAUGAGAAGGUAUCGGAAGCAAAUGACAGCACAUCUUUAGGAAAACCGAAAAGAAGAUUUCCUGAUUUUGGUGGCCUUCGGAAAUCAGGUGGCAAAGGGAAGAAAGACAAAGAGAGUCUGAGAAGCUCAAUGGGCAGCAGGGGCUCUGGGGAUCUACUGGAAGACUCUGGUGGUAACCUGUCUCCAGCUGAAUCCAUGUCAUCCAUCCCUACCUGCAUGCCUUUCUCCUGGUUUGGGGACAGUCACAAGGAACCUGCGUCAUCAAGUACAAACGUCCAUUACACUUCGACUGAGACCGCACUGGAGCACGGCCAGGAGAAAAGCAGAAAUAAGAAUGUAUCUGUCAUAGAUGAUUCAAACCGUGGCAGUCCGUGUUCUGAUUUGACAGGGUUAGUGACAGAGCCGAAUCUGUCAGGGUGUUCUCAUGCUUUGACCUUUUCUUCAAAUGAGACCUUGGAUGAUGACUCCCUCGUAACAGAAAAACAAAACCAAUGGCAUAACAGACCUGUUUCUGAGUGGACAACUCAACAAGUCUGUCACUGGCUGAUGGGGAUGAACCUGGAUCAGUACACGCCUGAAUUCACAGCCAAAUAUAUUGAUGGACAACAGCUGAUGCAGUUGGACAGUGACAAACUGAAGGCUCUGGGCGUAUCCAGUCAAACUGAUAGAGCAACUAUUAAAAAGAAGCUCAAGGAUAUGAAAAAAAACCAGGAGAAACUAGAAAAGCAGAGAGAGAAGAAAGAGAAGGAAGCACGACGAAGUGGGAAACCCAUACAUGUAGACUCAAACUGCUAAAAACAGGCUUGUUUUAUUUUAUGUCAGAACAAAAUUUUUCAAAGAAUA